UGAGAGUAAAAAUCGAAGGAGAAUGAAACGGGACGGGGAUAGACGAAACGGCGAAGAAAGGAGAGAGAUGUAGAGAAAAGCAGGGAACAGAGAGAUCGAACAGAGGAAGAACGCGGCCUGGAAAGAGGGAACGAGGCAGUCGUCGGCUCGAUAAAGGAGAAAGAAGGAGGGAACAUAGUAGGGGUUCGGUCGGACGACGGGCUUGGCUGGUGCGGUGCGUCAGUCAGGCUCGAGACACCCGCGAGAACGGAGCGGUGGUUGCCUACCCCUAAUUCGGUACGUACGUUCGAUGCGCCCCUACCGUCAACCCCUGCCCACCUAACAGGAGUCUCGUAUAUCGAGGCAGUGUCGCGCAGAGUGUCGUACGAGGCGUAUACUGCUCCGCCUUUACCCCUUCGAUCCGUCGGUGUUCAUCCCUCGUGUUUCCAUUUGUGCCGCGUUUCAAUCCCGGCUGGAGCUAUCGAGGACUGCUGCAAGAAUAGUGGGAAAGAAAGGACUUAAAGGUAGCUUCUCUGAGUUAUCGCCGGUCUGAAGAACGAACGGAGACGCUGCGCCAGCGGUCGAGUGUCCAGGGUGCGACUGUCGGACGAACCAGGCUCGCCAUAAUGGCGGAGGUGGCUACCAAGAAGUCGAUCAACGUCGUAAGUAACAAAAAAAGCGAAGUGUGUAGUGUUCAAUCUAACAACGGUUUGAUCCAGUUGGAUAACAUAACCGCGAGUAACAACCAACUAAUCUCGUUGUGCGAGAACGACGACGAGGACGACCUAAUAUUGACUAACAACACGCGUAACGAGCUGAACGCGGAGGACAAGAGCCUGCAGGAGUUGAUCGAGAGCGAGUUGGCGCUUAGGAUCUGUUCGAGCACCGAGGAAGCCGGUAUCGAACCUGAAGAACAGGAAGAAAUGGCCAACGAACCGGAACCUGUGAAAAAAAUCGUGUUGGACCGACCACAGGAUCUCGUAGACGUGAACGCUGAGUUCAUCGCCGCGGAAACGGAACACUCGUCGAUGAUAAAAGAGCCUUACAGUUACCAAAAUGGUCACGUGUCGCCGGAUACGAAGACCUCAGAUCCCGUGGAGCCGGAACUGAUCGGAUUUCGGGACGAGGAAGAGGAGCAAGUGUUGGAUCAGUCGGAAGUUGGCGGCAUAGUGAUCGAGGAGGAAACAACGGCGAGCGAGCGAGAUCAGCUGGAGGAUGACAAAUUCCCACGAAACGAGGAUAGCGAGGAUACGUGUCCAGAUUAUCCGGUGCUUCAGCAGGCCGAGGCCUCGGAGAGGCUGCAGCAAGUUUCGAGCAUGAUCCAGGAAUCCUCGGAGCCACUCCUGGAUCUCGAGCUAACCGCGACACCGAUCUACGUCGAGAAAUACCAAGAGGAAAAGGAGGUUCAGGAUAUAGUGUCGGAGGUGGUCGAGGAGAAUAUCGUGAAAAUGGAUAAUUCACCAGUGGCAGAGAACGUCGAGGAAAAGAGAGAAGUGCUGGAUACGUGGACGGAACAGGAAUGCCAGCAGGGUCAGUUCUCCGACAAUUUUGAUCAGAUGUGCCAAGAGGAUACGAAUCUCUGUGAAAAGAUCAUAGAAGAACCUGAAUCGACAGAUGAAAAGGUUAGCCAGUCUAUGAUAGACACCGAGUGCGGGAGGGAACAAGAAAUAGACCAAGUCAGAGAGCUUUCGACGAACGAGGAGUCAAAUGGAACGACGAAUGAAAAAUUGGAAUCUGACUUGGUAGAAGAGAAAACUCCCGUUGAACCCGAGGACACACCUGUUACAGUAAAAUCUGUCGAGGAACUCGAAGAGACUCGAGUCGUACCGUCCAGGAGUUUCGAUGAAGGAACUCUGAGUCGGUCGGAGAGUUCCACCGAAGCCGUCAGUACUCAGGAAUUCCUCGACACGGAACGCCGUGUGCUGAACGAGGAAAAUUGCGAGCAGGAAGAGUCGCAGACCACGCCGGAGAGAAGCGAUCCUCAGAUAAGGAAUCUGGAGGAGGAGGAGUACGAGGAAGGUAAGGAGGAAGAAGCGAAAGAGGAAGCGAACGAUAAUGUGGACGAGCAGAACGUGAUAACGGAAUCGUCCAGCGAACUGUCCGUCUCCGAGCCUACGUUCAUCGAGAAAACGGAGGUGGUCAUAUCGGAGAGCACCGUACAAAUCGUUUCCGAGACGCAGUGUCUCGAAAAUGACGACGAGGAACAAGAAGAAGAGGAACAAUUACCGAAUCACGAUUCCCCUGCACGCGCCCCACUCGCCACUCCGGACGACGAGAUCAGCGACGUUUCUAACGCGUGUGACAGCGAAAGCCGGGAGGAGACGAUAACGACGUCGAGCGUGGUGAGCUCGUCGAAUGCCAAGGGUGGCACUAAGACGAAGAAGAAGAAGAUCGAAGGUGUAGCCGGAAACGAUGCUUCGCCAAAUCUUACUCCCCGCACAAAGAAAACUAAGAAGAGCAAGAAGAGCGAGCUCGAGAAGGAGAACAUCUCCGUGAACUGUAACUCGCGACAGCCGAGCAUGCACCCCGGUUCCCGCAAGGCGAACACGGAAUCCCUCGACUUCUCGGACGAGAACGAUCUGUCGAACGUGAACGUGAAGUCGCUGACACAGAAUUAUGUAUCGGAGGCGACGAGAAACGAGCAGGACCGGUGCACGAAGGAAAAGAUCGCGACUGGGGUGUCGAUCAAACAGCUGUGUCGUAGCUUCGGCGACAUCUCGAACAUGAGCGACGGCGAUCAGGCGACCUACGGGAAAACGAAUCACACGAUGGAUUCCGAGGAGAAAGCAAGAUCGCUGGGUGAUCUACGAGUAUGCGAGAGGGGUUACUCGAAGUUCACCAGAGAUGCGCUCGUCUUCACCGGGGUGUCGGUCAAGGCCCUCAGGGCUUCCUACUGUAGUUUGGCAAACUUAACGAGCGAGGGUAAGGACACGGAUCGGCCGAGGCUCGAGAAGUCGAGCUUCAACAAAUUCGACGCCCUCAGCAAGAAGACGGUGCUGCAUGUGCGCUCGAUCGACGCGGGCAAAGUGCAACAGCAGCUGAACGCCCAGGUGGGUCAGAAUGGUGACACGAACCCGAACUGCCGUAGCUGCGGCAAGGUCGUGUUCCAAAUGGAACAGACAAAGGCCGAGGGUCUCGUCUGGCACAAGAAUUGCUUCCGGUGCGUCCAGUGUAGCAAGCAACUGAACGUCGACAAUUACGAGAGCCACGAGAGCACGCUUUACUGUAAGCCACACUUCAAGGAACUCUUCCAACCGAAACCGGUUGAAGAGUCCGACCAGCCUGUGCGACCUCGAAAGCCGGAGCUGAUCAUACGGGAGAACGAGCCGAAAGAGUUGCCGCCCGAUGUGGUCAGAGCCUCCGACAAACCGGACCUGGGGCUCGAGGAGCUGUCGAGUCUGAACGUCAAGUCCCGGUUCCAAGUGUUCGAGAAGGCGAACACGGAGACAAACGAGAUCGAAAGGUCGCCGUCACAGAUCGCCGUCAAGAGGUCGCCCAGCAUUCUCAGCAAACUCGCCAAAUUCCAGGCCAAAGGCAUGGACAUCGGAGUGGCGGACGAGUCGCUGAAUGGGAUCCCUUACGAAGAGUCGAGCGAGAGCGAGGAAGAGGAAGAGGCGGAGGAAACUGAGGAAGCGGACACGGAAAUCGUGAAGGCGAAACGCGCUACACGCGAACGUCCGAUCAGCUUCACGAAAAUGGACGAUAUAAAGAAUCGUUGGGAGACGACCAGCCAGCAGGGCAAGCGCGAGGUGCAGCGGGAGGCGAGGAAGGAAGAGAUCGCUGGGAUCCGCUCGAGAUUGUUCAUGGGCAAACAGGGUAAAAUGAAGGAGAUGUAUCAGCAGGCGGUAGCCGGAAGCGAGCGGGUAACGAAGAUCAACGCCGCGGAGGAGAUCCAACACUCGACCCACGCUCGUUCGAUCAAAGAGCGGUUCGAACGCGGCGAGCCCAUCGCCGCGUCCGACGACGAGACGGACAGCAAACCGAAACCGGAGAAGGCUGACGAGGAAGUGAUCGCAGCAGGAAUCAGCAGGAAAUCGCGGUCUCUGUUCCUGGAAUUGGACGCCACAGCAGCGAAAACCGGCAGACCCGUGACUCCAGUGAACCCGAAGACACCCGGAGAGACUCCGCGACGCGCAAGAGACGCAUUCAUGGGACGACAAAUCUCGGAAGACGUGGUUCGCAGCUCGGACGCCACCGAAGAGGUCCAAGUUGAGACCUCGGACAUAUCGAACAAAUUCAAAUUUUUCGAGUCGUACAAGGAACCGGAAAAACAACGGAAGCAGUUCCGAAUUACCCCGCCUCGCGACGGCCAAGUCAAGAUGGAAUCCCCGGAACGCGAGAUCUACCGUGAUCCAGACGUGGUCAGAGCGGACGACAGAGUGAACGAAGUGGUGCACACCGACACGGCCAGGAAGAUGCUGUCGAUCUUUCGACAGAUGGAAGAGAACGCGUGUAAGAAGGAGGUACCGAAUGGUCCGAAACCUUUGAAACGGUUCACACCACCUCCGGAGGACAAAUUCGCGAAACCAUCGGCCUCGGAUUCCGAGGAAGAGGAGGAGGAGGACGGCGAGGAGACCGAGGGAGAGGACACCGCGGAGGAAAGGGAUCCGAACUACGUGCGAGCUUCGGACAAGGUGGAGGACGAGUUUUUGAAACAAGCGCAGAAAGCGGCUCGCGCGAAGACGCUGUGCGCGAAAUUCGAGCAUUGGGAAGAGACAGACGGUAAGACUACGUCCAGCAGUCAGCAUAUCGCGGAGAUGGAGAUCGCACAGAGUGGAGGCGAUCAAUUGAGCAUAGAGUCGGCGAGCAGCCUCAGGGCUCGCUUCGAGUCCCUCGGCUCACAGACGACCGAGUCGCCGCGUACACCGAAGGUCAAAGUCAAUCGAUUCGUGUAAGAGAAGACCGGACGUGGAGGAUCGCGACGGACCCAAGGGGCCUGACGAAGAAGAGCGAAUUAGAAUUAGAGAGCACGCGCGCGUAAGGAGGAUGCGAACUCGUUGAGAUAAGGAAAAACGACAGCUUCUUCGUCGUCCGGAUUAUAUCGUGCGGUUUUUACGUUUUUUAGAAGUCUUUUUCUAACAAGCGUUCUUUUAGUGAAUCUAGUUUAGCUACUGUAUCAUAUCGUACCGUCAACGCGAGAGGCAACGAACGAUACGUCGAGCAUCGACACCUCGGAGUUCAUGCAACGAUCGAGACGAAAUUAAUUCUGACAUACUGAAUUGUACAACAUAUUUAGUGUACGUUUUACGCUUUCUUUUGUAAAUAUAUUGCACUGGGAGAAUAUCAAUCAUUUGCGUUUGAAGAGGUUUUGCCAGUUGAUUUCCCCCUUGAUUUCACGACUCGCACGUUUUAUGCUCGACGUAUCUAUAGGGUAGAGUAUAAUUAACGCUAACUCAUUUUGCUUGAACGUGCCGUCACGCGUCAGUUGGUCGUCAAGCACGAUUUUCAACUCACCUUUUUACACGAGAACAAUUUUUCAUAUUUUUACGACGGACGUAACGAGAGUUUGUACGGGCGAAGCGUUCCACGACGCAGGCAGAUCGAGCAACCAUUAUUAUUCGUGCCAAACGAAUCAUGAAUGUCACUGUCAGGUGAAAAGCGUGUAGGCAGACCGGAUUGUUCGAACGUGAAAAGGUGCCAAAUUAUUUUGAACGAUGGCAAGCACAGAUUCUUCCCUGCCUGUCGUCGUCGGGAACCUCGUCCAGCGAGAAAUCCUUUUGCGAGUGCCAAGCGAAGAUCGAGAGAACGGGAAAUUCUGAGGAACACUUUGAGAAGAUAUCUGCGACUUAAACUGGACAAUGGAACACGAGAAAGACCUGAUCUCGAAAUUCGAGUCAAUCUCCAACUGUACUUAGGAUAUACUGAGCUUUUCGAGGGCUUUAUACAGUUUCGAGUCUUUUCAGAUCCGGCAGGCCAUCGUCGGAUAUGAAAAAUCGAAAAGCAGGAACGAGGGAAAUACUCGUCGCCUGUUACUCGUCGAAUCUCACCGACACGUCCCACGAAAUCGCAAUAUCAUUUUUACAAAUAUAAAUCUGCUAUAUAUACAUUUUUACGCGUUUAUACAGAAGUUAGUACAACAACUGGCAUCAAGUUCCAAAAGUCGGUGAGAAAGGCUCGAGUAUCAAGCGACUUAUAUUGUCGUACGAUCCAGCCAGUGAAUUGAACGUGUGCGAGCACGAUCCGUUCCUCGCGCACGGGAUUAAAACUCCAGACUUUCGAAUAAGCUUUUUAUAUAAUUUUUAUAAAGUUCGGAUGGACUGAGGGAGUCUCGGCGUAGAAUUAAGCACCUCCGCAGCGGCGCGAGGAAGAGAAUGAGAGGAAUAAAUUCCUUCAGUAUUGCCAACGCGGACGCACAGUACGCAUGUAUGCGCCGUCGGUGAAAAUUCUCGGAUCAGUUCAUUAUUUUUCAGACUUCGACGUCAGUGCGAGAAACUCUCUACAGAAUCAGGCUUUCCCAUGAAACAAUCGUUCGGUGUUGCAAUAUCUUACUUCCACGAAGACAGAGAUUUUUCAUCGAUGGCGCGCGUUACGUAUACAUACAAAUAUAAUAUAUAUUAUAUUUAUCAUUGAUAUAGAAGAACGACGUGUAUCGAUCCCCUUGAUCUAUUUAGAACGCACCAGACAGGAGAGGGAACAAGUCCCUGAAAUUGAUUUCGAUCGUGCUUGAAACGAGAUACGGGAUUUAGUUAGAGCUUAAAUUGGUGACUCCUCCUCUAACUCGAAACGAAGGAAUUGCAUAGAAAGUAUGGACGGUGUGCGUGUGUGCGAGAGAGAAAAUCGAGGUGCAAUUUCAGGGUCCCUACGGAGACCAUUUCUUUUCCCGAGCCGAGAGGCUCUAGGGUGGUGCAGAAUUUUUAGAGGCAUUAACGCUUUUUUUAAUCAAAAGUUCUCGGGUAUUCAAUGCGCGAAGAGGAUGAAAUCGAAAAGGUGUAUUAGGUAGAUGUAUGAUACAUUCUGUAUGCGAGUUUUCGUCGUCAACGAGAUUCUUGUUCUCCUCUCGACGGAACGGAAAUUAUGUGCAAUAAGUUCGUGUACGGAAGUGCAACGAUUGUUUGUUGUUAAUCGGCGAUUGAAAUAUUUAUGUGUACGUAUUCGCGAGAGAGCAAAUUAGUUGACCGAUCGAUCGCUUGAUUUUCACGGCCUACUAUGCGACGGUUUCAUUUGCACAAUUUCGAUUGUAUGCAAUCAUUUUUAGCGAAUCGUAUGAUAUUAUUAUAUUGUUCUUUUACCUUUUACCUUCCACGUGUAACAAUUUAUUACGAAUCAUAUUGCAAACAAUUAAAUAAAAGGGCACAUCCUGACAGAAAAACA